CAUCGACAAACCAUCUAUGAAUCAAGCAGCUGAGGCCAGUCGAUCGCAGAUGAUUUCAAUGAGUGAAAUAGAAAAACGACUCAAUGAAAAUAAUAUUCUGGUUUUACCUGGUUCGUCUCGUGCUCUCCACGCACUUGUUUUUGCCACAACUACAGAAUCUGAACAAAUCAGCCGACAGGCAAUUCUUGGAGCUUACGCAGCCAGUGAUAUUGUCAAAAGAUUUGAUAUUGAACCUGAGAAUGUUGCGCAAGCAUUGAACCAACUCUAUCUGAAGGACACGACGUUAUCUGACACGUGUCCCGCGGAUGCUGUUUGUAAUCAAACAACAAUCGACUCUCGAUACCGGACGCUGGAUGGCUCGUGCAAUAAUGUCCAGCAUUCAUCCUGGGGCAAGUCGCUCACUCCAUUCCAGCGAGUUAUCCCCUCCGCUUAUGCUGAUGGUGUCCGUGUUCCACGACGUGCCAAAAGUGGCCGUGAACUUCCCAGUGCACGUUUGAUUUCUACCACUGUAACCCGCGAUGUGGAUGCCCCCAGCGAGACAGACACGACUUGGGUUAUGCAAUACGGUCAGUUCCUCGAUCACGACUUUACAAGAACUCCCGAAUUCAGAAUGGCUAAUUCCAGUACAAUCCCAUGUUGCAUGCCAAACGGAGGAUUCAUUGACAAGAAUCUCGUCCACCCCGAAUGUUUUCCCAUUGAGAUCCCGCGAAACGAUGCCUUUUUCUCCAGGUUUGGCCAACGUUGCAUGCCCUUGGUUCGAUCAGCUCCAGGACGCAGACCUGAUUGCAGUUUAGGUUGUGUCGAGCAGAUGAACCAGUUCACCCACUACUUAGAUCAAUCGAAUGUAUACGGAUCUGAUGAUAAAUUAGCCAGCGAAUUGCGUACCUUUCAAGAAGGCAAACUAAAGGCGACUCAUCGGAGUGAUUUAGAUUUACUCCCAGCCGAUGAGGCAUCCAAAGUGUCCUGUGCGUUAUCCAAGCGGGUUUCCGGAAUUGAUCCACCUGCUGAAGUCAAGUGCUUUAAAGCAGGCGACACACCUCGAGUGAACGAACAUCCCAAUUUAGCUGUCACGCACAUAGUCUUUUUACGGGAACACAACCGGCUGGCAGAAGAACUUGCCCGUCUCAAUUCGCAUUGGGAUGACGAGCGUCUCUAUCAGGAAGCAAGGCGGAUUUUGACUGCGCAGAUGCAGCACAUCACCUACAACGAAUGGCUACCUAUUAUUAUCGGAAGAGAGAAAAUGCAACAGUUGGGUUUAUUGCCAUUACAGCGAGGUUUUAGCCAAGAUUACGAUUCCAAUUUGAAUCCUACCAUUUUUAACGAAUUUGCUGGAGCUGCUUUCCGAUUCGGUCACACUCUUAUCCAAGGACGGCACCAUUUGACGAACGCAAGGGGAACAAAGGAAAGAGACAUUUUGUUACGUCAACAUUUUUUCAAAACGCAAGAGAUUUACACGCCCGGAAAUCUCGACAAGUUUCUUAUCGGAUUGGCUACUCAACCAGGUCAAAAACCUGAAAACUAUUUCAGCCAAGAGCUCACCAAUCAUUUGUUUGAAGAGGAAGGCAAAGGUUUCGGUUUAGACUUGGUUUCUUUAAACAUUCAACGCGGUCGCGAUCACGGUCUACCUGGUUACAAUGCCUAUCGAUCCAUAUGUGGCCUAAGUACAGCGAACGAUUUUAACGAUCUUCGUGAUCUAAUUCCCUCUCCGAUCGUUGAUCGCUUCGAGAGCUUGUACGAGUCGAUGGAUGAUAUAGAUCUGUUUAUCGGAAGUAUUUCGGAACGAUUGGCCAAUGGUGCUGUGGUAGGUCCUACAUUUCAAUGUCUGAUUGCUGAGCAGUUUUUAAGGCUAAAACGGGGUGAUCGCUACUUCUACGAUCUUUCUGGUCAAUCUGGUUCAUUUACUGAAGAACAAUUAAAUGAGAUCCGGCGAACGAGUUUUGCUCGUCUCGUCUGUGACAACAGCAAUGUCCGGUCUAUCCAACCAUUGAUCUUCAAAUCCAAGGCUGUCGUAAAUCCUAUCGUCGAUUGCGAGUCAUCUUCUAUACUUCGGGUUAAUCUCCACCCAUGGCAAGAAGCUUAAAAGAAGAUCCUAAGCUGCAAAACUGAAAUAAUGCA